AUUACGCUCUCGUCUCGACAUCGCCGAUCGCGUGAUCCGGGUGGCCAAUGGAGACUCUCCCAUCGGCAGCGGAGCGACAGCAGCUCAUCUCCUUCUUUCUCGAGGUUGCCGCUGGCCAGACCGCCGAUGUCGCCGCACGAUUUCUUGAGGCCGCGGCUUGGAAGUUUGAUGAGGCUGUACAGCUCUUCUAUUUCAGCAAUGAAAGUGGUGGCGUGGAGUCAUCGUUCUUACCUCCACAGACUAAUGGAAUUACUAGUGUGGAAAAUAUGCUUGCCAGUGGUAGUUCAGUGCAAGGUGCUCUUGAAGAUGAAGUGCGAGCACCUUUGUCUGGCGUAAGAGAUAUCCUUAAUGAAGAUCCUGCUUUUUUCAGGUCUCAACCAAAUUUAGAUGUUCCCUUUGGCAUAUCAAGACAUUCUGCUAUUUGGGAAUCAAGCGAGAGCGUUUUGUCAACAUCAAAUGGCACCCAUGACAAUCUCGCUUCAUUAUAUACUCCACCUUUUUCCUUGAUGUUCCAAGGGCGCUUUGACCAGGCAAAGGUUGAGGCAUCCCGUCGUGGCAAGUGGUUGCUACUCAAUCUGCAGUCUCAUGAAGAAUUUAGCUCGCACAUGCUCAACCGCGAUACAUGGGCAAUCUUUAUUUUAUAUAUUCUUUUAUGA